AUGGUAGGCAGGCUCGUCCGACGCUCCUUCCAGAACAUCGGUAAGAACUUGAUGGAAUUUAUGCAGCUUCCUCACAUGUCUCCUGAGACUCUCCAUCAGCUUGUCACCCUUGAGGGCAGAGAACAUAUUGAUAGGGCACUGGCUCAAGGCAAAGGUGCGAUCAUCCUGACGGCUCACUUUGGCAAUUGGGAGCUUCUUGGUGCUAGCAUCCUUGCACAUGGCUAUACAAUUCGCGGGAUCACCCGUCAGCUGCGAUCCAAACGUUUAGACGCUAUUGUUAGCAGCUAUCGAGAAAAGGUUGGAUGGCAAGGCAUAGACCGGGAUCGAGCAGUUCGCGAAGUAUUACGCGGUCUCAAUCGAAAUGAACUGAUCGCGAUUCUUGCAGAUGUGGACACCCGUACUCGAGGGAUUUUCGUUGAUUUUUUCGGCAAACCUGCCUACACACCUUAUAGUCCGGUAGCUUUCGCACUCAAGACAGGGGCUGCGAUUUUACCAACUUUUAUUGUCCGUCAACCGGACAAUUCACACCGUGCUAUCAUCGAAGCACCAUUGCCUCUACAACAGAGCGGAGAGAAAGAAGAAGAUCUCUUGGUUAACACGCAGCAGUUCACCAAAGUCAUUGAAUCUUACAUUCGACGCUACCCGGAACAGUGGAUCUGGAUGCAUGAACGCUGGAAAACACAACCUGAAUAA